AUGUCUUUGGUCGCAUCUUCAUACGGAAAGGGAAACGUCAAGUUCUUAAAAGUCAAGAAAAAUCCUAGCAAUCCAAAAGAACAAGAUAUUCUUCAAGCAAAUGUUCAGGUGUUAUUAAGAGGAAAUUUUGAUAUUUCAUAUACCAAAGCAGACAACUCACCAAUUGUUCCAACUGAUACCGUUAAGAAUACUGUGUUGGUAGAGGCCAAGACCACCGAUGUUUGGCCCAUUGAGAGAUUUGCGGCUCAUUUAGCUAAGCAUUUCAUCAACAAGUACUCUCAUGUUUCCGGAAUCGAAAUCACUAUUCAGCAAGCUAGAUGGACUCGUUUUGAUGUCAAUGGUAAGCCACAUGCCCAUUCUUUCCGCCACGAUGGCCCAGAAACCAGAAACACUUAUUUGAACUAUGACAGAUCGGGAAAGUUGGUGCUUGAAUCGUCUAUCAAGGACUUGACCGUGCUCAAAUCGACUGGUUCUAUGUUCUACGGUUACAACGUGUGUGACUACACCACCUUGAAGCCCACCAAGGACAGAAUAUUAUCCACUUCCGUGGCUUCAACCUGGACUUUCGAUCCUAAGAAAGUGUCUACUUUGGAUGAUGUUUUCAAGGCUGCUGACAAGGGCCUCUUCGACAACACCUACGACGCUGCUAGAAACACCACUCUUGAAUUGUUCGCCUUGGAAAACUCUCCUUCAGUCCAAGCAACCAUGUACAAUAUGUCCACCAAGAUCCUCAAGUUGGUUCCUGAAGUGUCCAAGGUGGACUACGUUCUUCCUAACAUCCAUUUUGUUUUGUUCGACUUGAAGUGGAAGGGAAUUGAGAGCAAUGACGAGUUAUUCUACCCAUCUUCUGACCCCAACGGUUUGAUCAAGUCCACUGUUGCCAGAGACGCCAACGCCAAGUUAUAA